CGGGACUUUAAAAUGGCGAUCUAACCUAAAUCUCUAAAGUAGUAAAUAAUAACAUUCGUUAUUAGACGUUCUGUUGGAAUCAAUAUUUUUUAUAUUUAUUAUAUUUAUUAAAAUAUAAAUUCAAGUGUUUAAUGAUAUAAUAUAAAACAAAAUGGAGAACCCAUCAUUAAAGAACAUGGUGGAGAAGGAAGAAGAGGAGCUGGUCCCUAAAAAGAAGAGCCGUGAGGACUGGAGAAAAGCCAAGGAGCUAGAAGAAGCCCGAAAAGCUGGUACAGCGCCUGCAGCUGUUGAUGAAGAAGGUAAAGACAUCAAUCCACAUAUUCCUCAGUAUAUUAGCGCAACACCAUGGUACUUUGGAGCAACUGGUCCUACUUUGAAGCACCAGCGGCCCCAGCCAGAGAAACAAAAGACUCUGAGUGGCAUAGACGACUGGUACCGUCGUGGUGUCGACACGUCAAAGGUCGCUAAAAAAUGGAAACCCGGUUCCUGUGAGAACUGCGGUGCUGAAGAUCACAAAAAGAAAGACUGCUUCGACAGACCUCGCAAAGUAGGUGCGCGUUGGAAUAACAAAAACAUUGCACCCAACAGUUUUGCGCAACCGAGCUUGUCAACGGACUAUGAUGGAAAGCGCGACCGAUGGGCAGGUUACGAUCCUGCAGAGCAUCGCGCUAUCGUCGAGGAAUACCAGAAGAUUGAGGAUGCCAAGAGACAGAUACGUGCUGAGAAGUUAAACACUGGAGAAGACGAUGGUGGCCAGGAUUCCGACAAAGAUGAGGACAAAUACGUCGACGAAGUUGACAUGCCUGGUACUAAAGUUGACUCCAAGCAACGUAUUACUGUCCGUAAUUUGCGAAUCCGUGAAGACACUGCCAAGUAUUUGCGUAAUUUGGAUCCGAACUCGGCUUACUAUGAUCCUAAGACGCGUUCUAUGAGAGACAAUCCUUAUGCUGGAAAGAGUGCCGAGGUGGAUUAUCAAGGAGAAAACUUUGUAAGGUUCACUGGUGAUACUUCCAAGCAUGCAAACGCUCAGCUGUUUGCUUGGGAUGCCUACGAGAAGGGUGUUGAUGUUCAUUUGCUUGCUGAGCCCACCAAGUUGGAAUUAUUGAAGCAGGAGUAUGACAAAAAGCGUGACGAGCUGAAGAAUGAAGUUAAGUCUAGUAUUAUCGAACGCUAUGGAGGCGAGGAACAUCUGAAACAGCCAGAUCUCGACCUGGUGUCGGCACAAUCCGAACACUAUGUUGAAUAUUCCCGUAGUGGAAAAGUCAUAAAAGGUCAAGAAAAACAGGUUAUUCGCUCGAGGUACGAAGAAGACGUCUUUAUACAUAAUCACACAUCGGUCUGGGGCUCCUGGUGGUGUAAAGGACAGUGGGGAUUCAAAUGCUGUCAUUCCUAUUCUAAGAAUUCUUAUUGCACUGGUGAAGCUGGAAUUGCUGCUGCUGAAGCAGCUCAGAACAUGACUGCUCCGUCGAGAUCCGGGGAAGUUGAGGAGAAAGAAGAACCAAAGAAGAAGAGUAAAAAACAAAAGGAUGAAUCCAGCUCUAGUGAUUCGUCAUCUUCGUCUGAAGAUGAGGAGGACGAGGAGGAAAAGCAAGAAAAUACAUCCAAGAGUGAGCGUAAGAGUUCUGCUAAAAAAGAAAAGCGGAGGCGGCAUAAGGAGAAUCUAAAGCACAAGAAGAAGCUUAAACGUGCUUUGAAAAAGGAAGAAGAACAUCAAAAGGAAGUUGAUAGGCUCAUGAAAAUGGACGAGAGGAAACGACCGUAUAAUUCCAUGUACCAGGUCAAGGAGCCUACUGCUGAAGAAUUGGAGGCUUUCCAGAUGAAGCGGAGCCUUGAAGAAGAUCCCAUGUUACAAUUUAACUUGUAAAAUUUUAUUAUUAAAUGUAUUUAUUAGCAUAAUUCUCGAUGUACAUAUAUAAG